CGCCCUUUGGAGGACAAUACCAAAAUUGGGGGCGAGGGAGAGGAAGAUGGAAAGUUAUACUUAUAUGUGAAGGGGCGGCAAUAUGUGGUUAAUUUUUUGUUUUCAGAAUUACCUUUGACUUAAUUUUCACUACAGUUUAAAAAAGAUGAUGGAAAAAACGGACGGUAAAUAGAUAGGUUGUCAGUCUUGACAUUCUUUAAACUUUAAGGGGUCGUUUGCUAUAGUUAUUUGAAUGAGCCAUUUGGUCUCAAAUGACUUAAAUUGAGUUAUUUGGUAACAAAUGACUCAUUUGCUGACAAAAAACUGCAUGAGUCAUUUGGCUCAUACAAAAGACUCAAAUUACUCUAUUGAGUCAUUUACAAAUGCCUCCUAUCUAUGAGUCAUUAUCAAAUGACUCAUUAUUUUAGCAAAACUAUUCAAUUAUAUUCUUGUCACUUUUUCAUAAACUCACUUUUACCCUUGCGUUUCUAUUACUUAUUUCCCCUACCAUUCUUUUGUCUAUUACCAAUUUUUUUUCUUUCCGCCAAAUUUUACGAGCGGUGAUGGGGUUCAUCCAUCUUAUCGUCUACAUUAUUUUCUCGUGACUCUACAUCUUCGUGUCAUUGGAGUUUCCUCCUUCAAGAAUAAGUCGUAAUUGGCCCGAAUGUGAGACUCCUAGAGUCGUUAGCUUUUACAAAGAAACUAGAAUGGAAAUCGCACUUCCCUGCGGUAGACGUGAAAGUAUUGCGAGUAGAAAAUUGCUUUGGAAGUCCAUGGUUUCAAGUGGUAACAAAUGGUGAUACCCAGGACGACCGUACUCCAGACGAUUUCUGAGCUCUGUGAGAAAGUCUAAGGCGACGUUGAAGGCCAGGACAGCCGAUAAGUUUUCUUUCGAAAAAAUCUAAUCGUAGUGAAGAAAGGAGCUCCAUUUGCUGGCCUCUUCGUUUUUCGCCUCUAGUGAGUUUCGCAUACUCUUCAAAGCUUCUUGUUGUGGCUUUUGAUUUUGGAUCGUAAGGUUAAUAUAGUGGAUUGUCUCCUUUUUUUGAUUCAGUGUUUAAUUUAAAGGCGGGAAAGCGACAGAGCAAUAUCGAGAAGGAACCACUGCUUUCUGGGGAAGUCUGGUUGUCGCGAUUUUGCCCCUUAAUCUGACAGUGAGAACCUCCUUCUCCUGGUUAUAAUCGCAUUUACAUUCUUGGAUUGUGAAAUCCCCAUCAUAGAAUAAUGGUUUCUAUGGAUGUUUAUUUGGAUGGUAGUGAGUAAUAAAGUAUAAAAACAGUAGGUUAAUACGCAAUUAGUGGUGAUUUGUCCAUGAUAUUGUUAGUCAUGUUUAUGUUCAGAUGGCUUACUCGUGGGAAGAAUUGGUGGGGGAGAAUGAUCCAGGACAACCGGGAGACUCACCUGAUAGCUUUGUAGCAGAGGAUGGGGCUUAAUCUGUGGCUAGAGAAGUCUUCCACGUCUACGACUAUGACGAUGUAGACACUUCAGAUGAUGAGUAUCAUGCAGCAAGGGCAAUCUAAGGGCAUACAGGGAGAUGAAAAAAAUUAGGUGAAGACCAUGUCUGAUUAUCAUGGGGAGGAGGUUGAGCAGCUAGAUGAGUUUGAAGAAGAGGAUAGUCAUAAUGAAAGAGAUGAUGAAGCUGGUGCUGCCGAAUAUGGUGAUGUUUAGGCAGACCAUGUUAGUACGAGAACUGAGCAAGCAGGCAUGAACAAUGAAGAGCCUCCCGCACAUGAAGUCAGGGGAGAGACUUCCCAACAUUCUAGCUAUCGUCUUUCUGAAGAUUCAGAUCAUGGAAGAGGUAAUUUUUCGGAUGAGGAUGGUGGUGAACCAUUUGCUAAUGCUCCCCACUAUGAUCCUACAUGUGAUCAUUCUCAGUUUCAAUUUGUUCCUCGUCUGAAGUUUGCAAGUGUAGAACAGUUCAAGAAUGUAGUGGUGUUGCAUUCUGUAAAAGCCGGAGCUUGCUUGAGAUGGGUGAGGAGUGAACCAUCUAGAAGGGAGGUUAGAUGUAAGGAUAGUCGAUGCAAAUGGAGGGUAUAUGCUAGCUGGUUUAGGAAGAACCAAAGCUUCAUGGUCAGAAAGGUAGGACUCAAUCACUCUUGUGCACGUAAUCUGCGUGUGAAUCAAGCUAUUGUCGCUUGGAUUGCAGCAUAUAUGUUAGAAAGAUUUAGGAUAAAUUCAGAGUGGGCUCCAGGUCAGAUAAUGGAUGAGGUAAAAUUGAAGCACAACAUUGAUGUUAAGAGGAGAACAUGCUACAGGGCAAAGGUAGAAGCUAUAAAACUGUUGAGUGGGAUUUUGGUGGCUGAGUAUGAGGUUUAGCUACAUAGCUUAAAUGCUCAAACAGAACAGAUGUGGGAGAUUCAUUUUGGAGGUGGAACCGCAUUCUAAUAAAGAGAAAGUGUUCUUCAAGAGGCUGUAUGUAGGGUUCUCAUCAAAUCUCCGAGACGGUUUUCUCAUGGGAAUAACCUUACAUCAAAUGGCCAAGAUGGGAAUAACCAGAUGUUCCUAAUCGCUUGGGCAGUGGUGGAGGGUGAAUAUGCAGACUCUUGGAGGUGGUUUUUGAACACGUUGUCGCAAGAAUUAGGAAUGUUAGAUGGAAGAGGCUAGAAGGUUAGUUGCAUUCCUACAUGUGUCAUUUACCUUUACUUUCACACAUUUAUCCUUUGACACAUUACUAGCAGUUUAAUAUUGAAUGGGAUUUCAAUGGCAAGGAUUAGAUAAUGCUCUACAUGAUCUGCUACCUGAAGCUGAGCAUAGAAAGUGUGUGAGGCAUGUCUAUGAAAAUUGAAAAGCAAAAAAUAAGACGGAUGUUGUGCGCAAAUGCUUCUGGAAGGCUGUGUACUCAUGUAAUGAAGUGGAUUGGAAGGCUGCAUGUGCAGAAAUGGAGGCAAUUGAACAAGCAGACCCGAAUUCAACACCCUAUAAGGAUUUCAUGGAUCAAGAGCCUCUGUGGAAAGUAAUAUAUGCGAAACAUGGAAUGGUUCAAUUAUCAAGUAUAGGGGAAUGAGAAUCCAGAAUCGAGAAGGAGAAGGCUUUUGCUAGAUUGUGCAUGUUUAGGCAAACCUUGUAUGACAAGUGCGAGGUUAGGAUGGGGAGUAGAGGGUAUAUAGUGAACCUCCACAGUAGGACCUAUACAUGUGGGUAUUGGGCAUUAAGUGGACUACCAUGCUGUCAUGUUGUAUCGGCCAUCUCACAUUUGAGGAAAGAAGUUGAUGACUAUGUAGCUUCUUCAUACCAUACUCAGCAUAGUUUUAGAUGCAUACAAGGUAGGUGUUCCUUGUUUCGAUGGGAGACAAGCAUGGCCUAAUGCAUCUGGCUACCCUGUCCUCCCUCCUAAACAAAGGGCUAUGCCUGGAAGACCUAAAAAAAAUAGGAGGAAGGCUGCUCAUGAGUUUGAGAUUUGACCUCAAGCGAAUGGAGUUGGUGAGGAAGUCUCGAAGAGGGGAAUCAUAAUCCAUUGUAGGAAGUGUGGUGGAGAGGGCCACGGUGCAAGAACUUGUAAAGCUCCCACUGUUGCUGCGGCACCUAGGGAUGGCAAUGGGUCGGGUUGUGGCGGGUUUUGUCAAACCCAAACCCAUGGGUUAUCCAUCAAAAAAACCCGGGGUAAAACCCGUUGGGUUUGAAAAACUCAAACCAAACCCAACCCGCUGGGUAUCCGCGGGUUUAUGGAUACCCGUGGGUUUUUGCGGUAAAAAUCUACCAUAACAAGUUUCUUUCAAAAUAAAAGUUUAACAUCAAUUUUCUCAUACAAAUUAAUCAUACAAAAAACACCAAUAUAGAGCAUACAAACAACACGCAAAUGAUCAAUACAAAUUGUUCAAAAUU